AUGGGGAAUGAAAACACUCUCCCUCUUUAUGAUAAAAUAUGGCUCAAAUACACAUUUUCAAGAGUCAUGGAUUCCUUCACUUUGUUCUUCCUCCUCUUGCUUCUUGGUUACCGUAUUUUCUAUGACAAAAACUAUAGCAUCCCUUGCGUCCUUGCUUUGCUUUGUGAGUCAUGGUUCACCUUCACUUGGAUUCUCACCAUGAACACUAAGUGGUCUCCUACACGUACCAUAACUCACUUAGACCGUCUCAUGCUUCGGGUAUCUGAAUCUGAGCUUCCAGCAUUGGAUUUGUUUGUGACAACAGCAGAUCCGGUUCUUGAACCACCAAUCAUCACAGUGAACACAGUCUUGUCAUUACUGGCACUUGAUUACCCUUCUAACAAGCUAGCUUGCUAUGUUUCUGAUGAUGCUUGUUCACCUCUUACAUUCUAUGCCCUUCAAGAAGCUGCAAAAUUUGCUGAAAUUUGGGUGCCUUUUUGUAAGAAAUACAAUAUACAAUGUAGAGCACCUUUUAGGUAUUUCUCAGAUGAAGAUAAUGUUAGCAAAAAAGAAGAUUCACCAGAAUUUUAUCAAGACUGGUUAAGAAUGAAGGAGGAAUAUGGGUUCCUAAAGGGUAAAAUCGAGAACGCAGCACAAAACUCAGUUCCUCUUGUGGGAGAGUGGGCUAUUUUCUCAAGCAUAAAGCCUACAAAUCAUUCAGCCAUAAUCAAGGUGUUAUGGGAGAAUAAGGAAAAUCUUAUAGAUGUUUUGCCUCACUUGAUCUACAUAUCUAGAGAGAAGAGGCCUGAACAAUCCCACCAGUAUAAGGCUGGUGCUAUGAAUGUGCUAACUAGAGUUUCUGGAUUGAUGACAAAUGCUCCAUUCAUCUUGAACUUAGACUGUGACAUGCAUGUGAACAAUCCAAAGAUUGCUCUACAUGCAAUGUGCAUUUUUUUAGAUUCAAAAGGGGAAAAGGAAGUUGCAUUUGUUCAAUGUCCCCAACAAUUUUAUGAUGGACUAAGAGACGAUCCUUUUGGAAACCAACUCGUGGCAUUGUUUGUGUACAUGGGGGGUGGAUAUGGAGGACUUCAAGGAAUAUUUUAUGCAGGAACAAAUUGCUUUCAUAGAAGAAAAGUAUUUUAUGGCCUUUGUCCUUCUCAUUAUAUUCAAAAUGGAAAGAAUGGUGGAGGUGUUACCAAUGAAAUGGAAGCAACAUUUGGAACUUCAAAGAGAUUUAUUGAAUCAGCUACUCAUACUUUAGAAGGAAAAAUGUUAACUCUCAAUGAUAACCUUUGCAACUCACUUGAGGAUGCAACAAAAGUUGCUAGUUGCGGAUUUGAACACGACACUGCUUGGGGCAAACAGGUGGGAUGGUUAUAUGGAUCAACGUCAGAAGAUAUACUUACUAGCUUGAACAUUCAUGCAAGAGGUUGGAGAUCUGAAAUGUGCUCAUCAGAUCCAAUUGCUUUUAAGGGUUGCUCACCUCAAGACAACAUAGUGAACAUGAUCCAACAAAAACGCUGGGUCUCAGGAUUGUCUGAUAUUCUACUCAGCAAGCACAACCCAAUUUUUGGUUUUCUCUAUGGCAAGAUUCAAUUUAGACAGGCGUUGGGGUAUGUUUGGUUCAUGAGUUGGGGGGUAAGAUCAGUCCCUGAAAUUUGCUAUGCUGUUCUACCUGCCUACUGCAUUAUUACCAACUCAAGUUUCAUGCCAAAGAAAAUUUGGAUUCAUACUUCUUUGUUUGUGAUCUACAAUAUGUCUACUCUAUCAGAGAGUUUAAAAACAGGAUUGUCAAUUAGAACAUGGUGGAACAAUCAAAAGAUGAUGAGAAUUACAACCAUGAGUGCUUGGUUUUUCGGAUUUUUGGCUAUCCUCCUUAAACUAUUACAAAUAUCCAAACCUGUUUUUGAAAUAACAAAGAAACAUGAAUCAUCUUCUAGUGAUGGUAGGUUUAGUUUCAAUGAGUCUCCAAUAUUUCUACCUAGUACAACUAUAUUGUUUGUGCAACUCACAUCACUAGUUACUAGCUUAUUUAGAUGGAGUCUACGUGUUGGAAGUGAGGUUGGAUAUGGUUAUGGAGAAGUGUUAUGUAGUGCUUACUUGGUUGCAUGUUAUCUUCCAUUUUUGAAAGGGUUAUUUAGAACAGGAAAGCAUGGAAUUCCCUUAUCUAUAAUUUUCAAAUCGGCGAUAUUGUCUUUUCUUUUUGUGCACUUAUGUAAACUUACCAUUAUUGUGUGA